GCUCAAUGCAACCAAGAGAUCACUAAAACAUCUCCUCAGCUAAAUUGCAUUCUUUCCUUUACUACUCUUGGUGUCAUAAAAUAUGGCGGAUGCUGAAACAACCAGGCCCGCUACCGUCACAACCACCAGCACAACCGCCAAGACCAUGCCUCAACCAUCCAAACUAACACCUAGAAGGUUCGUCGGAGUGCGACAGAGGCCAUCCGGAAGAUGGGUAGCGGAAAUUAAGGACUCAUCUCAACGCAUAAGACUGUGGCUUGGAACCUAUGACACACCCGAAGAGGCAGCUCGAGCCUAUGACGAAGCAGCCCACGCUCUACGCGGAGAAAAUGCUAGAACCAACUUUGCCACGUCGGUUCAGAACUCAAGCCAACCGGACUCAUCAUCAGAUGGGAGACAUGCACUUAGUUUCUCUUCGUUGAAAGCAAAAUUGAGGAAGAAUUUGCAGAGUAGCAUGGCUAGGUCAACGAAAAAUAAGUGUUCAAAAAGUAGGGUGAGUGACCACUUCACUUUUGCUAGCUUAUUCCGAUUAAGAAAUCUGAACUACCCGUACAAUAAUCCGGUGGACAUGAAGCACAUAGAGAAAGUGGUACAGCCGAGCAUCAUUGUGCCACAUGCGGCGGUGGAUGAUCAGCCGGCUUCUUGGGAUAGUUCUAGCGUUUCGGAUUGCAGAAACGAGUGGAUCGGGUUUCGGCAGGAUUCAGAUGGGUCAGAUAUUGGAGAAGGUAGUUUUGGUAACGAGCAGCACGGUUGGUUUUUGGAUCAAAUGAUAGCGGGGUGGAUUGAUAGUCCGGAGAUAGGUCCAAGUAGUAGUGUUUGUGAUGAUGAUGAUAUUGGUUCGACGAGUAAGAGGUUUAAGGUUUCUUCUUCAGUUGUUGUUCCUCCUACUUUCAGUCACGAGUCUCCUCGCUACAAUUAAUAUUGGAGAGAAUAAUUAAUCUUUGUUUUU